UUAAUUUUUACCAUUCUUGCCUGGGGAGCCUCCAGGUCAGUGUCGGGCUCCGUGUAGAGUCGUCUCCCGUAACCAAAACACCAAACGUAAAGUUCCUUCCGACCCAGAGUGACGCGGUACUCAGACAGUGUGACGGUACUUUGACACAGGAGUGCGCACCCAACCUUAUUUAUUUCUAAAUAUGGAUUUACUAUGUUGCGAAAGCGAGUGUGAACGUCGCGCAUACGGCGAUCCGGCGAUCCUGGACGAUGACCGGGUACUCAGGAACCUGCUGAACGAAGAGGACAGGUUCGCGGCCAACAUUUCGUACUUCGAGCGUGUCCAGAGUGAACUCUCCCCGGAUAUGCGACGCAUCGUGGCUGACUGGAUGAUGGAGGUCUGUGAAGAACAAAAGUGCCAAGACGACAUCUUCCCUCUGUCAAUGAACUACCUGGACAGGUUCCUAAGUAUUUGUCCCAUCAAGAAGUCCCAGCUUCAACUUCUGGGAACUGCUUGUCUUCUAGUCGCAUCCAAACUGCGAGAGCCCAGGCCCGUGAGCGCAGAAACGCUUGUCUUCUACACAGACAACAGCAUCACACUACAAGAUCUAUGGAGGUGGGAAGUACUGGUGCUGGCCAAACUCAAGUGGGAGAUCUCCGCUGUGACUCCGCAAGACUUCUUGUGCCACAUCCUCUCCAGGAUUCCUCUCGACCUUCACUCCUGUGAAUGCCACAUGGUCCGCAGGCACGCCCAAACCUUCAUAGCUUUAUGUGCAAGAGACUACAAGUUCUCGAUGUACACUCCCAGUAUGAUAUCGGCAGCGAGUGUGGCAGCGGCGCUUCACGGACUCGCCUGGACCUCCAAGAACAACGUGCCUCUACCAGAACUGCUCGACAGGCUGCAGAGGAUACUGUCCAUAGAGAUGGACUAUCUGCAGAGCUGCCUGACCCAGAUCGAGGAGCUAGUAACUGCUACAAUGAGCGGAAACUCGAGGGCGCCCAGCGAGCCCUCUGCGGACCGGACCGUCUCCGUGGAUCAGACGGAGAAGCUGAUGGAGCAGGGGCAGCACAGCAAGGUCGGCACGCCCACGGAUGUGCGGGAUAUUCACUUCUGACGCCACCAGCCGUAGUUAUUGGCAGUCCAAAUUGUGAUAAAUAUUAAAGACUAGAACUCUCGGAGGUAAGACUGGUUGAAUUUAAGACAUUUCCUGUGGUUGUGUGUUAGUGACGGCGCGUUUGUUUGUUGAGCGGGCGUGGAUGUGCCCUCUCCGGGGAAGGCAAUGAAAUACGCUUUGUUACUCUAGUACUCGGAGUUCUUAAUACCGUUAAGUUGUAAAUUUCGAUAAGAGUUGUAGAAUUUAACGAAUCAAUAGCGUAAUUUAGUCAUUUCAAGUCAUAUCUGUACAUAGAGUAAGUUAGGUUAUACAUCCUAUAAGUAAAACUUAGGUUCCUAGCAGUCCGGGGUCCGCCCCACUAGCAAUGCCUUAAAUGCAUCCCUGUAAGUGGGCUAGUUCAUUGUUUCUGUACAGUAGAAUGAGUUUACAUACGUUUAGUCCGACUCAUACUUUUUCGAACCGUUUUGCUCAAUCUGUGUUUGUUUGUACUUAACCGGUUCCACGUAAUUCGUAAUUCGGCGGUGCUUUUGAGACCAAGUACCUCCCUCAGUAUACAUACCAUAGUGCAAUAGUCAAGUAAUGUGCCAUCUACACCCAGUUUUAACUUUACGUUUUAGUCAUUAUUUUGUACAUACAACGAAUAUUACUUAACAAGCUUUGUACAUAGAAAUGUAGAUAAAACUGUGCUUCUUAUGUUAUAUAUAGAGCUUAUUAUGGUUUAUAGUGUUUUAUAUAUUAUAUAUUAUUAUACAUAUCAAGAGAAAUUGAAAAGCAAUUUAUUAGAUCGUUAAAUUAAAUUGCAUAUGUUGUAUUUUUAAAGAAAUAUUUUUUGAGAGUUGGCAGAUUUUAUUGAAAUUUUUAAGUUUUAUGGAAAUAUUUACAUAUAUAGAUUUUUAAAUGUGUUGUAUAUCGAGUGUUACAAUGACUCCCAUAUUUAUAACGUACCAUAGUUAACUUACCAUACACUUAUUUGUUCGAAUCAACUAAACAGCUAAGUCAGAUUAAGACAUCCUGUAAUAGUUACUCGUAGGCAAGAUUAUACAAUUAAUGACACAUCGGAACAAGUCUACCUGUAUCGUAGUGUACUGUAAUCGUAGAACAGAUAUACCUCACACAACAAUGCUACUGCUGUACCUUUUCACUUCCAAUAAAUAUACAUUUCCAUAAAAA